UUGCAUCAGCAUUGCCUCCCCGCGAUAUCCGGGAAACGUGUGUGCCGGUGUCCUGAAUAAAGACUGUGAAAAUCUGCGUUGGGUCGUGUUACUGUGUUGGAUCGUGCUUGUGAUAUUUUUGUCUGAUUAUGGCGGAUGAGAGCGUUACCGAACAGCUGAAGGACCUGAAAAUGGACGAGAAGAAGAAUAGCAAAGACGGAGGAAAGAAGAAAAACAAGAAUGCUGGUGGAGAUGCUGGUGGCAGGGCUGAGUUGAAUCCUCUACCAGAGUACAUCGAUGAGCGUCUCUCCAUUUAUAGCAAGCUGAAGGCAGAACAUGAUGCCCUGCUGUCAGAUAAAGCAGCAAAAGACAGCAAGCCCAUCAAGAUCACACUUCCUGAUGGAAAAGUAGUAGAUGGGGAAUCCUGGAAGACCACACCUUACCAGGUUGCCUGUGGGAUCAGCCAAGGCCUUGCUGAUAACACUGUGAUCUCCAAAGUGAACAAUGUGGUAUGGGAUCUAGACAGGCCCUUAGAGGAAGACUGCAGUCUAGUGUUUCUCAAAUUCGAUGAUGAAGAGGCACAAGCAGUGUAUUGGCACUCCAGUGCCCACAUAAUGGGAGAGGCCAUGGAGCGAGUCUAUGGAGGAUGCCUUUGUUAUGGACCUCCCAUUGAGAAUGGCUUUUACUAUGAUAUGUUUCUUGAAAAUGAAGGUGUAUCGAGUAAUGAUUUUCCCUGUUUGGAGACCUUGUGUAAGAAGAUCAUCAAAGAAAAGCAGCCCUUUGAGAGGCUGGAGGUAAAGAAGGAGACUCUGUUGGAGAUGUUCAAGUACAACAAGUUCAAGUGCAGGAUCCUAAAUGAAAAGGUUACCACCCCAACAACUACAGUUUACAGGUGUGGACCUUUGAUUGAUCUGUGCAGAGGGCCUCAUGUGAGACACACAGGAAAGAUCAAGGCCUUGAAGAUCCACAAGAACUCUUCUACGUAUUGGGAGGGCAAAGCUGACAUGGAGAGCCUCCAAAGGAUCUAUGGCAUCUCUUUCCCUGAUCCUAAAAUGCUGAAAGAAUGGGAGAAAUUUCAGGAAGAAGCCAAAAACAGGGAUCACCGCAAACUAGGAAGGGAGCAAGACUUGUUUUUCUUCCACGACCUGAGCCCGGGUAGCUGUUUCUUUCUGCCUAAAGGAGCCUACAUCUAUAAUACGCUGAUCGAGUUUAUUAGAAGUGAAUAUAGAAAGAGGGGAUUCCAGGAAGUGGUCACACCCAACAUCUACAACAGCAAACUAUGGCAAACCUCAGGACACUGGCAGCACUACAGCGAAAACAUGUUCUCCUUUGAGGUGGAAAAGGAGAUCUUUGCUCUCAAGCCCAUGAACUGCCCUGGACACUGUCUGAUGUUUGAUCACCGGCCUCGCUCUUGGAGAGAACUGCCUUUGCGUUUGGCUGAUUUUGGGGUCUUGCACCGUAACGAGUUGUCUGGAGCUCUUACAGGCCUGACCAGGGUCAGACGUUUCCAACAAGAUGACGCACACAUCUUCUGCUCUAUGGACCAGAUUGAGUCUGAGAUAAAGGGUUGCCUGAACUUCCUACGCACCGUGUAUGACGUGUUUGGCUUUACCUUCAAAUUGAACCUUUCCACCAGGCCAGAGAAGUUCCUAGGAGAACCCGAAGUGUGGGACCAGGCCGAGAAGCAACUGGAGAACAGCCUGAAUGAUUUUGGAGAGAAAUGGGUUCUGAAUCCUGGUGAUGGAGCUUUUUAUGGACCAAAGAUUGAUAUUCAGAUAAAGGACGCCAUCGGCAGGUAUCACCAGUGUGCCACCAUUCAGCUGGACUUCCAGUUGCCUAUUCGCUUCAAUCUUACUUUUGUGAGCCAUGAUGGCGAUGACAAGAAGAGACCUGUGAUCAUCCACAGAGCAAUCCUGGGUUCAGUGGAGCGCAUGAUCGCCAUCCUGACUGAAAACUACGGGGGAAAGUGGCCACUGUGGCUGUCCCCACGACAGGUGAUGGUGGUUCCUGUAGGACCCACUUGUGAUGAGUACGCCCAGAGAGUACGUACAAAAAGGAGUUCCACAGGGAGGUUGAUGACGGAUGUGGAUCUGGACCCAGGCUGCACCCUGAACAAGAAGAUCAGGAAUGCUCAGUUGGCUCAGUACAAUUUCAUUUUAGUGGUGGGUGAGAAGGAGAAGACCAGUGACACGGUAAAUGUUAGAACUCGUGACAACAAGGUGCACGGGGAGAGGAGUCUGACAGACUGCAUGGAGAGACUCAAGGAGCUGAAGGCCUCAAGAUCCCGGAACGCAGAAGAGGAAUUCUGAACUCCCUUAACAUCCUUCCAAGUCUUCCUUCAUAUGCCAUAUGCUCAGAUGCUACUGGGCAGCAACAUGCUGCUAUUCUGCAUUGAUGAUCCAUAACUUCUCAACCGAAUCUACUUGGUUCAGGGGCUCAGGUUUUAAAUCAGUGACAUUUAUUUUAUAACUAAUCAUUCAAUUAUCCACAAGUCUGAAGUCUCACAUCAGUUGCUUUAAAAAAAAUAUUUUGGGAAUGACGGAUAUCCAUUAUGCUUUGUUAGAGGAAAAAGGGUCUUUUCUGUCAAUAUAUGAAUGGACAAAAAUUACAGUUUCUGGUAGCUUGUGUUGUUGGGGAUAAAAUAAAACGUUAUGUCUUUCA